AGGUUUUUGUGUGAUGUUGCGGUUUUUAACCGAUUUUUUGCUGGAAAAUCUCGACUCUAUCUGGCAACACCGAGCCCACCUCCUUUCACUCGCAAGCGUCAGGGAAGAAAAGUUAGACUUGUUCGUGUUUAGAACAAGAGAAGAUGUCUUCUAAAUCUGCUGUUAUAAAGUUUGGCUAUUUGAGUCACAAAGAGUAUGUUUGCAAAACAACUCUGAAAAAAAAGCACACGGCGCAAUGCAAGUUCUGCAGCGCUUCACUUUCGGAGACUGUCGGGACUACAUCCAACUUUUAUCGACACCUGGAAAGGAAGCACAAAGAAAGGUUCCUGGAAUACAAGGCAGGGCAACAGAAUGAUGUCACAGUCACACAGCCAUCAAUUUCAUUAUUUACGCAGAAAGUGCAGCUCUACAGCCCACAAUCACCAAGGCAACAAGCCAUCAGUCAAGCCAUUGUCCAAGAUUUGAUCAUUGGGUGUUGUCUGCCUCUCUCACUUGUGGAAAACAGUCAUUUUAAACACUUUCUUGAAGUUAUGGAUAGUAAAUACACACCAAUCUCUAGAAAAACGGUUUCUGAUAGACAAAUUCCAGAGUUGGUAAUCAAGGUCAAGGAAACUGUUUUGGAGAAACUGAAGACCCAGUCAUCUGUGUCAUUAACAACUGACCUCUGGUCUGAUCGCAGGCUACGCUCCUUCCUUGGGGUGACCGCCCACGUGUGCUACAAAUCAAAGGAUUCCUAUGCACUUGAAUCCUACCUGCUGGACUGUAGGCGUUUCACAGGCAGACAUACUGGAGAGCACAUUGCGUCUGCCUUUGAGGAGAUCACAGAGGAAUACGGUAUCCAUGACAAAAUUAGCUAUAUCAUAACAGACAAUGCUGCCAAUAUGAAAUGUGCUUUCAAAGUACACAUGCCCCAAUCUGAUGACAGCGAGAGUGAAGAGGAGCAUUUAGAUGACGAGCACCUGUGGGAGGACAUUAAUUCUCAGGAAGACACCGAAUUACCCUGGUCAUCUGGUGCACGUCUUUCCUGCUUUGCACACUCUCUGCAAUUAGUUGUGAAUGACGGCAUGAAGGAGGUCAAGGCCAUUUCUCACACAAUAGCCAAAACAUCACGGUUCACCACCUUAUUGCAUAGCAGUUCACAAUUCAAAGACAAGUUUGAGGCUACGUUUGGCACUAAUAGGACCAUUCCAGCUGCAAACACAACUCGAUGGAACAGUAUAUUUAAACAAGUACAGGCCUUCACAGCUCUGGACCACAAAGCCCUGAAUGAAAUGUGCAGCAAGGAUCACGAGGAGUUGGUGUUUAGUGCCCGUGAGUGGAACCAGCUGAAGGAACUGAGUGCAGUUCUUGCUCCAUUUUCUGAGGUAACAGACCUGACAGAAGGGGAGAAAUCAGUUACCAUUAGUAUGGUGGUUCCAACUGUCCUGGACUUGAAUACACACCUCCUCAAGAUGGAGGACACUCGAAUGCAGUGCCAGUCAUUGGUCAGAGCCCUCCAGCAGUCUCUGGUGAAAAGAUUUUCUGGAAUCUUUUUAAAAACAAGCAUGGCCAAAGACAGUGGAAGAGAGGAACCUUUUAACCACAAUGUUUACUUCUUGGCCACCAUGCUGGAUCCUCAGUUUGGCUUAAGCUGGGUGGACUUAGAUGUUACCAAUGGGGGAAAUUCAACAUCAGUGAAAAAGUUCAGAGAUGAGCUUAAGAAGACACUGACAGGUCAGUAUAUAUUUUCUCUGCUGAAAAUAAAUGUCUUAUUUGCAAAAUCAUAAAUCCUAAAAUAUUUCAAAUUAGUUGUCUAUAAAAGCCUUAACUAGUCUUACAGUGGAAUUCAUAGUCUUCAUUUCAUCUGUU